GAGGACAGGUUAUGGAUGAAAGCCCAAUAUCACAAAUGCCUCACCAUCGCCCCACUUCACACUUGCAGAGAGAGAAGAGAGACGAGAGAGCAGAGUAACAUUUUAUAUACAGCUACACACUCAAAAUCAGUUCAACGCCAUUCUUACGAUCCUCAAUUAGGUUUUAUUUUCUUUCAUCGAACAUUUCUUCUAAUCAAAGUUUCAAAUGCUUAUUUUCAAAGAACGCAUUUUAUUAUUCUCAUAAUUCUUGCUAAAUAAUGUCUUUGUAGGGAGCUAUUAUUGCCGAACAAGAAAAGUUUUCUUUUGAUUCUCAUUCGUUUACUGGAGCCAUAAUGCCUGAAUUAAAUCCGUGUUGAUGCGAGUUGCUUUCAUGGGUUCUUCUGCACUGAGUUGUAUUGGUGACCGAUCAACCAGUGAUGUUGUAGUCAGGCUACGGACAGAGGAAGGCAGAGAUGAUUGGCUUUAUUGUCACUCUCACAUCCUGGCAGAGAAGAGCAAAUAUUUUGCUGAGCGUCUUUCUGAGAAUUGGCCUACGUGCCAGAUCGUUGAUUCACGAAGCUGCAUUGAAGUUCACUGCCAAGAGUCAGAACUUGAUCACCAUGUCAAUUUUCUUCGCCUUCUAUAUGUUGCUAUAGAUGGAUCAACCGAGGACAUAUGGCAUGGCGUGAAGAAUGCCCUUGGUAUUCUACAGGUGGCUGUUGAGCUUGGGUGCCCGCAAAUUGUUACGGCUUGUGUAUAUUACCUGGAAGCAGUCCCAUGGGAAGAAGCUGAGGAGGAAGAGAUUCUAAGGAUCAUACCAGUCAUGGGGUCACAGGCAGAGCCUAUUCUUGCCCGUCUCCAACCAGUCGAUCCAUCUGCUAUAAGGAAGUUUUUUCUGACAGCCGUUAAGUUUGCUACAUCAUCGCCACCUUUACCCAUUAAUGACCUUAAAACAUCUGCACAAGAGCAGCUUGAGUACAUGCUCUCAGAAGAUGAUGAUGUUCCUCUGUUAACUGCUGAUGAUGAGAUAAAAUCAUUUGUUAAAGAGUGCGUGAGGGGACUAUUCACCAGAUUUAACAAUUUAUCGGAUGCUUUACUCUGUACACCUGGCGAAUCAGUUUGUGAAUCUGAAAAAAUGCGGUCAUUUCAAUCUCAUCUUUCAGAUCUGUCAUGGUCCUGUCAAAUUUUGAGUAAGAUGGAAACAAUGUUUGAGUUUGUCAACUGUUGGGUAGAUGCAUCAGAUAACAUACUCGGAGUUGUUGAGCACGCGAGUUCAGCAGUUGAAAUAAUUGAGAUUAAGUUGAAAGUUAUCGAGGUGGCAGCGAAGGUUUUGGAAGCAAUAGCAUACGGAACUGUUAUUUUGGCUACUGCAAAACGUUUUCACAUGGUAAAGAUUUGGCUUCCAUUUGUGAGGGUUACAAAACCUUUAAUCGAUGCUGUGACCUCUAAUAAUGACGAAGCUAUGGAGCUUAAGGUUGACAGUGAACUAUGGCAGUCUUUGGAAACCAUUUUUGUCUCGUUAGUCCUUGCCUUACCUUCAGGUGAUCAGGCGGAGAUUUUGACCGAAUGGUUAGGAAAUGAGCAUAUUCGUUAUCCAGACUUUACGGAGGCAUUCGAGGUGUGGUGUUACAGAUCCAAGGUUGCCAAGAAAAGACUAGCAGAUAUAAAGCAAAACCACAGUAUCCCCAAUGGAAAUGAAAAUUUCAAGUAAGCUCUUUUCUGUCUUUCAAUUAGAGAUAGAUUAGUCAAAUCCUCCUUGUAGUUCAAUUAACUUCACAUGGUUCGUUAAUAGAAAUGUAGUUCUGUCGGAGUAGGUGCAGUUAGUGGUGUGCAAAAACCAAACAAAACUGAAUAACCGAGCUGACCAAUUGCAUAUCCGUAGCUGCGGUACCAGGCUGAUAGUUCAGAUACAAACUUAGAUUUUAUGGCUUGUAAAUUUUGUAGUGAUAGGUUAUAUUUGCUUGUAAAAACUGCAAUUGUGAAUAUCACUAAUUCUACAACAAUUGAAUUCAUGUUUAAUUUCAAGUUUUCAGUUAAGAAA